AUUGCCGAGCGUCGUUCUCGGCCUGCCGGACACCCUCAGCUGUGACCCUACUGGCUGCAAACACCGAUCUCUCCUGAACGAGGCCGCGAUGUCUGUCACCUCAAGCAGCACCAUCACAGCGGAGAUGCUGCAAAACAUCAUAGACGGUACGCACAUGACCCAACAUGGACCCCUGAGGGUGUCAUUGCCAUUCUUUCUGCUCUUCCUCUGCGUUCAGACAAUCGCCGUUCGGUGAACCUCCUUCUGGAGCAGUAUGAGAAGCGGAUUGCGAGACUAGAGGAAGAGCUGAGGGAGAUGCGGGGGCGCCAGGCACAGAAUGACCGCAUCACGCCCCGUACGAUUGUCUAUCAAGGUGGUCUGUAUCACGGCAUCGUGGUCAACGGAGUGCCCGAGGGGAUGGGAGCGCUGCGGUCGAUUGACGGGGACAACAAGAUCUAUGCGGGCGAGUGGAGGAACGGCAAACGGCACGGCAAAGAGAAAGCAUACUACGACUACUGCGGUGAUGUGCUGUGGUUUGAGGGGGAAUGGCGAGAGGGCCGGGCCCACAGCGGCACCCUCUUCCCUGACGCCGACUGGCAUGGAGCGAAGAAUCCUGACGGCAGCCCUCAGUAUCCCGUCACGCCCAUUCGAUGGCAGGCCGGACAGAAGAUACCCGACACCAGCCUGCGUCCACCGUAUGGGACGAAGCUGCAUAAGUGGCUGCAGGAUCGGGGUGUGUCGGGGUAUUUCCCUGCUGGUGCCCUGUGGAAGUGAGUGGGUCUCUCGUGGCUGGCUGGCUGCAUUUUCGGAUGGCUGCAUACAGACACACAGAUAGACAGAAAGGGAGAAGCCUCUGCAAUCUCUCUGUCUUGCGGCUGUUUUCAUGGAUGUGUGCUCAUGGCUGGUAGACUGUCGGCCCGUGUGUGAUGGGUGGCACUGGGAUGGUGAGUCGGUCUCUUUUGUCUUGUCUGUCGGCUCGGCUGACUGUCAGUCAUUUCCAAUGAAUAUGGGUGUUAGUUUGCACUGAGUGAGUGGCCGACAGUUGCUAAGUCUGUGUGCUUGUGAGAAAUGGGACGUGAAAUGUGACAUUAAGGGACAUCAUAUAGCCAAUCACAUCGGCAGCCAUUAAGGGACACUUAC